CUGCAGAGAAAGUGGGUUUUGGAGGAUCAAUCGGGUGGAUCGAUCCAAAUUGCUAUUCCAGUUUGAGGAGAAGGGGUUGACUGGUGGGAAGUUGUCUGUGUGUCCACCCUCGCCUGGGUGAUAGCUCUACCACAGGAAGACCGGUCCCCCGGUUAAAGUCACAUCGGUGACUUGUAAAGGAUUUCGGAGGACGACGAGGAGAUCGAUGGCAUCAGCUCACCUGAAGACUCAACUCACUCUCUCGCUCUCUCUCCAUCACUACUCAACUGAAUACCACGAACUGAACUGAACUGAACUUUACUCAACAUCAAAUGCUUGGCUAUCUGAUUCUGUCGCUGGUACUUUGCUUCCUGUACUGGCGGUACAGAGACAGGAAACAGAUAACAAAUAUAUUUGACAAGCACGUGUACAUCACAGGCUGUGACUCUGGCUUUGGAAAUCUUCUGGCCCAGCGUCUGGACCAGCAGGGAUUCCACGUUCUGGCUGCCUGUUUUACUGAGAAGGGUGCUGAUGAACUGAAGAGCAGGACAUCAUCGAGACUCAAAACAAUUCAACUUGAUGUUACCAAGUCUGAGAGCAUUGGGAAGGCAGCAGAAUUUGUAAAAUCAGAGGUAAAGGGAAAAGGACUCUGGGGGCUGGUUAACAAUGCUGGCAUCAUGAACCCCCUUGCACCUGUUGACUGGCUUAUGAUAGAUGAUUACAGAGCCGUGCUGAAUGUCAACCUGGUUGGACUUAUUGAGGUCACACUAAGUGUACUUCCACUGAUAAAGCGGGCACGAGGCAGAAUAGUGAAUAUUGCAAGUGUAUUUGGAAGGGUAUCCCCAAUAAGUGGAGCAUAUUGCAUCUCUAAAUUUGGUGUAGAAGCCUUCAAUGACAGUCUCAGGAGAGAUGUGAAGUGUUUUGGAGUGAAAGUAGCUUGUAUUGAGCCAGGUUUUUUCAAAACAUCCUUGACUAAUAUAGACUACAUAGUGCAGCAAAUGAACAGGUUGUGGAGUAGGUUACCACCAGACGUACAAGAAGAAUACGGGCAUGAUUUCGUGGAUAAAGUCUCUUUAAAACUGACAACGCAAGUGGAGAAGCAAUUAAACACAGAUUUGAUGAAAGUGGUGUGGUGCCUGAACCAUGCUCUGACUUCUCUUCAUCCUCGUACUCGGUACUCUGCUGGAAUCGAUGCAAAGAUUUUUUGGAUUCCUCUCUCUUACAUGCCAACUACUAUCUCUGAUUUUCUGCUCAGUAGAGAUAAAAUCAAGCCAGCAAAAGCUCUCUUUUAGCAUUGUUUUGGGAUUGAGUAUGAUGAAGAGGAAAUAGUACUAGUGACACUAAUGUAAAAUAUGAUGUGAUCCCUUUCUUUCUGUAUCAUAGAAAACAGGCAAUGUUAUUCCUUUCUCUGGUGUCAGUCAGUAUCUUAACUUUCAAAACUAUCAAAGAUUUUGGAGAAUAGAAUCAAAAUUUGGAGUAAAUUUGAGGUGUGGAUUUUGAGGUGUUAUCAAUUAAAAGGCAUUUAUCACUGCUGACGUUUCAAUGUUCUGGUCAAAAAUAAAAG